UUAAAGCAAAAAGAAGUAAAAAAAAACAAAAUUUUAAAGAUUUACAAAAAAAAUCCCGUGUGUCAGUGUGUGUUUUAGAAAAAAAUGUUUAAAAUAAUAUUAAUUUUAAUGCUAAAUAUUUAUGUGAUAUUUGCUUAUCCUUCUUCAACAUAUUCACGUGAUCAUUACAAUGCCAAAUGCACCGAUCCCGAAACAAAUCGUGAAUUAUAUAUUGGUGAAGUUUUCACUCGUCCCGGUCAAUGCAUACGUGUACAAUGCUCGGGUUCUCUGAAAUUAUGGGAAGAUAGUUGUCAAGUUCCCCAACUAGAGGGUGAUUGCUAUCGUCUGCCCGCCGCCAAUGAGUUUCUCGAUUUCCCCCGCUGUUGUCCCAAUUAUGAGUGUAAAUCGUCUAAAUCCGAUGAUAAAAGUACCACCGAUGAAACACGUCUUUACAAUCAUAUGGGACGUUUGCUGCGUGAGCACAUCACCCAAAGGGUUAAGGUGAUGAUACAUGCACCACCAUCAAUCACAACUUUUAAUUAUACGGAGGGUGCGAGAACUGCAAUAACGACGAGAACUGGUGGCGAUAAUAAAGAGUAUAAAAUUAAUAAUUAUAGUUAGAGAGAGAGAUAGAAAAAAAAGAUGUUUUUUUAUAAAUUUUUCUUGAAGGGCUUACAAAUUGUGUUAGUUGGCCUAAAAGAAGGAGGAUUUUUACGAAGAGCUAUUGCUUAGACGUUUAAUAAUUUAAUAAAAUUUAUUUAAAUUUC